AAAACCUUCAGGGGUCAGAAACAUGCAGACUGACGCAGGAGGAUAUAUAAGUGCCCAGAGGCAGGGGUUCAUCUCUGGAGGACGUCAGCUCGAAUGUCAACAUGAGGGUUGUCAACAUUGGACCAGACCCGUCUCUGGCUUACCGGCCAAAUUUACAUUACCAUGAUGCAAAGGAGAAGGAAGACUACAGAAACUUCCAGAGUGGAAUCCUCUUCAGCCGAGUCUUUAAAACGUACAGCCUGAUGCACACCAACCAGACCGUGGAGUUUGUCAAAAGAAAGUACUCUGAAUGGACCCAGUUUAACCACACUCAGAUGGGGAUGAUGGAUGCCAUCAUGUCCCUGGACCAGCUGGUGGAUGAAUCUGAUCCUGAUGUUGACUUUCCCAACUCCUUCCACGCCUUCCAGACUGCUGAGGGAAUUCGCCAGGAGCACCCAGACAAAGACUGGUUCCAGCUGGUGGGCCUGAUCCAUGAUGUGGGGAAGAUCUUGGCUCUGUGGGAUGAACCUCAGUGGGCGGUGGUGGGUGACACUUUCCCAGUAGGAUGCAGAUUUCAAGACUCAAUAGUGUUCAGAAACAACACCUUCAUGGAAAACCCAGAUGAAAAAGACCAAACAUACAACUCUGAAACUGGGAUGUAUAAACUAAACUGUGGCCUGGAUAAUGUCCUCAUGUCAUGGGGUCACGAUGAGUAUCUCUACAGAGUUUUGAAGUUCAACAGCUGCUCCAUCCCAGAGGAGGGGUUGUACAUGAUUCGAUUUCAUUCCUUCUAUCCCUGGCACUCUAAUGGAGAUUACAUGCACCUGUGUAAUGACAAAGACAAGCAGAUGCUGCCCUGGGUCAAAGAGUUCAAUAAGUUUGACUUGUACACAAAAACCAGCACCCUGCCUGACGUGGAUGAGCUGAAGCCAUACUAUCAGUCUCUGAUCGACAAAUACUGUCCUGGAAUCCUGAAGUGGUGAAACCGAAUCAAACACCAUGUAAAUAAUUGAUUUAUGCUCGUUUGUUAUGUGUGCAUUAGGUACGGCAAGUCAUUAUACGUAAAAAAGAACAUUCAAAGAUUUUUUUUGGAUCAAAUUUUAUUUUUUGGAUCAAGUUUAAAACAUGAUAAAAUCUCUACAACUUC